CCUUUGUUGUGCAUUUGCUUCACUGUUUUGCCCUAUUCUUAUAACAAAUUCAGAUUACUUGUUGUUGAUGGUUACAUGGGAUACAAUGCUGGACAGUUACUUGGCCUCCUAGUACUAGAGACAGUAGAAAAAAAGCUAAUAUAUAUGAUAUCAACGUUCAAUAAGAUAGAUCAUAGAGUUAUAGUUAUUGAAGGCUUGUGAAUAUUUAACAGAGUAGCGGUUAGGGUGUGAUGGUGAAUGAAUCAAUGUUUGGUGCUUUACAGUUAGGGUUCCUCGUCUUCAGACUUGUGUAGCUAGCUUUUUUGGAGAAACAACAUCCUUUUAACCAGAUGUUGCAUCAAUAUAUGGUGAUUUACACAAAAAUAAAUAAAAUGUAGCUUAACUGUUGUAACUUUCUGUUUAUGUUUCAAAGAAGUAUACUUAUUACUUAUGCAUGCGCCAGUGUAGAUUAUAAUAACUCUAUUACAAUAAAUCUCCGUUAGAAAUACAUAGUUUAUCCUUUGAGUAAAACACUCUCUACAGUUUCAAUUUAUUUGUCAUGGGAUUUGUGGAUGCAUCUAUAAGUGGUUAUUGCACAAAAAUGAGGAAUCUUUGUUUUGCUGAUAUUUAUUUCCGGGCAUUUCUGUGUUGCUAGCAGCAAUUCGUGAAAGUGAUGGGUUAAUCUUGAUACAAGGACAUCUUCUGCUGGCUGUCUGGUAUGGAUGCAGGAGGAUUCUUGUUAGUUUCGAUGGAAUACCUAGAACGACCAGGAAAAUUCAAGGAACUCAAUGAACCUUCUCUUGAUGAAUGAGCUCUAUAGUUGUCAAAUUCUUUAUUGGUGUAGAAGUGUCUUUUAGUAUUUGCAUGUUUCUCUGCAUCUUCUCUACCCGAAUGGAAAUUCAUGGCAGAACUUGAGAAAGAAAAACCAACUCACUACUUUAUGUUUAUUCCUUGUUUAGGGACUGACUGGUGCUAGUUAAAAUAUUGCUAGAAGAGUUUAUUCUUGGGAUGUUCUCCAUUCCUACUUUAGGAUUUUCCUAAAAUACUGUGUUAAGAAGGAUAGUGCGAUUCUUCACCUUUUUGCAGAAGGACCUUCAAAAGAAUUGCAACAGGAAAUUUUAUAAGAAUCUCAAUUUGUCAAUUUGUAUUUGAGGAGUUGGUUGUUGUGUAUUCUUCACUUCUCUAUAUGGAAUAGAAUUGAGUACUACGUGUUAAGUGAUUUUUGUGUUUCUCACAGGCUUCUCAUGGAUGCAUUGUUUGUUUCUCUUGAUGGCUCUCAAUACAGGAGUCAUUGCGAUAUUUGAGAAAUGAUGAUGAUUACGAUGUUAAUAAUAAUAGCUUAACCCUAUGCAAUACUUAAUUUUAUGAUUCAGUUAGGUGUUUGUGACAUUUCUUUAUUCUCUGCAAAAUUCACACUCACUUUUUACACUUAAAUUGAGCGUCCAAUCACUUGUCUAAGUUUUUUCAAUUCUGGAGUGGAUAAUGCUGAAGCCGUUGGGUAUGGUUAGAUUGUAAAUAUGUAGUUAACGUGACCUAUAUUAUCAUAGCUCUUUGGUUUCCUCUAAUUUAGUAAUGCUAGAUACAUCAGAUACCUUAAAUGGACAAUGGCUUUUUGUUUCUAGGUCUUUUUAAAUAUCAAGUAAAGAAUAAUGAGACACUGAACCUAUAUCCGUUGAACACGAGCACGAAUUGGACACAGAUAUGAAAGACGGGGCCACGUAGAUAUAACAUUGAGAGCGUUAGUGUUUUACUUGAUUUUCCAAAGUUACCCCUUAACUGACUCUCGAUAUUAGGUGCCUAAUUGUUUCUUGACUAGUGGUAGUCGGUGUCCUUUCUACGUGGUGCUGACAUUUGUUUAGAAAGAUUUUGAUUCUCUGUAUUACCAUUUAUGGCUAUACAUUAAAAUGUGUGUUAUUGUAGACAAGGCAGACUUUAAUUUUUUUUUUAAUGAGAAUCUCGCCUAUGGUAACUUUAUUUUCCAUUCAUGCUCUCUAUGGUUUAACUUUCCCAAAUGGCUUUUUCGUCAUUGUUCAAUUUUUGUUAACCACUAUGAUUUCUUUCUUGGCCUUGAAGGCCUAUAAAACGAGACCGUCGUCCUCAUUGCAAGGUCUACAUUAGUUUUCUAGUCUCUCUCUCUCUCUCUUGAAAGUAGCUGAGUUUUCUGUCUUUGUCAGGCUCUACCAUGAAUUUUUGUUCAGGUAGUGAAGAUGCGGAGAAUCAUGUAAGUAGUAAAACAUGCUUCUAUUGCUAUAAAGAGUUCGACAACUAUAGAUCUCUGGGUUUCCAUCUUAGGAUUCAUCAGGAUAACCCGUCUUUGAGGGGCUCAAAUUUUCCCAGUCGUCCAACUGAUUCUGUUGACAUAUAUAGGAACCCUCAUGUUUCCCUACCGAACAGCCUACAGAACUCGGCUGGUGCGAACAACCCGAUUCCAAUCGCUCAAGCUCCACCUCAAUUCGACUACAGUUCAAUGCUCCGCUUGAAUGAAGCAGGCCAGGUUGGCAGGAAUAGAACCACUGGUGGUAAUUACAGAGUCCUUCAAACCCAGAAUGCUGUAGCUUCAUCCAGUAACAGUUCGGCUUUGAGAGCAUUUGUUCCUGCUGAUGCCAGUGCAGCCAGUUCUUCUGCUGUAUAUGCCCCAUUUGGCAGUUUUGUAACCACUGGCCUUGCUUCAGAUUCUUGGUCAUUUAUUGGCUCGAAUGGAAUUUAUCAGUUUGAUACUGAUGAAUUUCAGAUUAGCCAGGAUGGUCUGUCACCCACAUCUCGAGAUGCCUUGGAGAUAAGUCAAGGUCUUUCUCCAUUCUCAGGCACGGAAUAUGUUGGCCAAUCUGAGAGAAGCUUGUCGAGUGGUGAAGGAAGCGAGAGUUCCUCUGUAUUUGGCAACCUAGUGAACGCUGAAGAAUACCCAAGAAUUUCCCCCGAUGUUGAUGUGGAACUGGAGGAUCUGCUGCCAGGAGAGGCUCCUAUCGUCAAUUUUUUUGAACCGACAUCUGCUUCAGAAACUGGUGUUGGCGCUGAAGAGGAAGAAGGGGCCGCUGAUUUGGAUCUGUCGCUGCAUCUUUAGAGUCACGUUGCCUUCACCACCCCAGACAAAGUGUGCUUCUGAAACUCGCCUUGAUGCUUUAAUUUUUAAUGUUGCUGUGCACUGAUCUACAAAGUGAAUGUUCAGUUUGUUUUAAACCAAUGUUAUGAGAAGUCACUUAUUAUGAACUCUCUUGUGGACUGCGGUGUUUGUCAACAUAAUUUGGAGUUUGAAAACUGGGAACUGUCUUCCUGUGGCUGGUUUUACAGAAUCAUAUAUACGUAAGUUAGGGGAAGUUGAAGGAUUGUUUUGGACUUGGCUCUGAAAGUAGAUGCAGGGAAACAAUGCUUGGGUUUAUUAGGCAUUGCCACCUUCAGUUUUUCUCUACUGUAUGUUAUUGUUUGGAGAAUGCUUCUUUUACAUUGUGAUCAGGCCAUGGCAAUGGGACAUAUUAGGCUCUGCUGUCAUCAAAAUUUUCUUUGCA